GGGAGGGAGGGACGCCUUCCUUCCUUGUUUCUUCUUCACACCCAGAGAACGACGUACGCGCGCCUCAUUCCAUUCUCUCUAAUCUAAUUUCAGAAAUGCCAAGAAGCACGGACCGCCGCGCAAUGCUCGGCUGCUUCCCCGCCGUCGUGGCCGGCCGGAGGCCCCCCAGGUCACCGCCGUCGGGGCUCCUUAACCUCACCUACGACGACGGCUCCACCUCCACCUCCGUCUCCGUCUCGCCGCCCUCCUCCGCCUCCACCUCCUCCCCGGCCUUCCUCGACGAGGUCGACCCCGACGACGCCGACGCGCAGGCCGACCUGUCCUCCGCCAUCGCGUCCCGCCGCCUCUCCCUCGCGCCCCCCGGCCGUUCCAACUCCAUCGUCGACUCCUCCUCCCCCGAGCACGCCGCCGCUCCCUGCCACGGCGGCACCACGUGCAGCGUGCCACCGUCGCAGGAGGCGGUGCGGAGCGUGACGCUGUCGACGGACGCUCCCCGCGCCGAGUUCCUCAAGUCCAUGCUGGAGAUGGCGGAGGCGCUGGGGCUGGACCCGCGCCGCGGCGCCGACCGCGCGCGCAUGCACGACCUCCUCUUGUGGUACAUCGCCAUCAACGACAGCGACACGCUCAGGGACAUCCUCGGCGCAUUCACCGAGCUCCUCUGCAUCCUCAACGGCAACACCACCGGCGACGGCGACGGCACUGCGCCACCAGCGACAGCAGACAGAGCGACGCAUAGGUAGAAAUAAUCAAAUGGCCGCACCAACAGAUAGAUGGGCCGGGCAUGGCACGCGCGCGAGAGGCGUACGUUAGGCAUGCAUGAAACGGGAGAGGAGAUGAUCAUGUAGAAGCUGCAAGGAUUAGAAAGGUGGUUCUCAUCAGGGUCAGUCGUCGUUAAGUGUA